AUGGAUCCCCUUCCUGAGUCUGGACAGACCACGUCUCAACGGCCGUCAAGCCCUCUCAGCCAUCGCCCAGGUCCCGACCGUCAAAGCCCAAGCUCCGAGCCCACAUCGCAUAAUACCGGCAGUGCGCCGAUUCCAGAUGAUGAGCAUGGCGCCGACUUGCCCAUGAACAUGACAGCGUCGGUGAUGCUGACCAAUUUACCCCGCGAUGCCCAUCAGGCCCUCGCCGACGUGGAAGCCAUCGAUACGGCAAAAGUCACGGUCCGCUUCCAACCUCUCCCGUCAGCCCCGAUCCUCAAGAAUCGGGUUUUUAAAGUCAGCGCCUCGCAGAAAUUCGAAACAGUUGUCAAGUUUCUUCGCAAAAAACUCGACUGCAAGGAGACCGACUCGGUCUUUUGUUAUGUGAAUAGUGUAUUCGCACCUGGGCUAGAUGAGGGGGUGGGCGGGCUGUGGAGAUGCUUCAAAACAGAUGAACAAUUGAUUGUCGCCUACUCCAUGACGCCAGCGUUCGGUUGA